UUACGUUUCGAGAGUUCAAGGUCAACCAAGGCUGUGUGGCGAAGUCGGAGCAGCAACUAUUUGAAAAAAAUGCUUUCUUCUUCAGCAUCAGUUUUAAGGAGUGUCCUGACGAAGGUUGCUGGAUAUGGAACAGCUAUAACUUGUAAUAGAACCAAACACACACUGCCUGACUUACCAUAUGAUUACAAUGCCUUGGAGCCGUAUGUUUCUGCUGAAAUCAUGCAGUUACAUCAUUCAAAACACCACAAUACCUAUGUCAACAACUUAAAUGUGGCUGAAGAAAAGUUAGCUGAAGCUGUGGCAAAAAAUAAUGUCAAUCAGAUUAUCCAAUUACAACCAGCUCUGAAAUUUAAUGGAGGAGGGCAUUUGAAUCAUUCAAUAUUCUGGGAAGUGUUAAGUCCAAAUGGAGGAGGGCUUCCCUCAGGGGAUUUAAAGGAAAUGAUAAUUCGUGAUUUUGACUCGUUUGAUAAAAUGAAGAAACAAGUUUCUGAUGCAGCAGUAGCAGUCCAGGGAUCAGGAUGGUCAUGGCUAGGGUAUAAUCCAGUCAGUGGUAGAUUAAGAAUUGCAGCCUGUGCUAAUCAAGACCCUCUACUGCCCACUACAGGUUUGAUUCCAUUAUUUGGUAUUGAUGUCUGGGAGCAUGCCUACUAUUUACAGUACAAGAAUGUCAGACCAGAUUAUGUUAGUGCCAUUUGGAAUAUUGUGAAUUGGGAAAAUGUUGCUUCAAGACUUCAGGAGGCUAAAAUGGAAAACUAAUUGUAUUCUAUAAACUUCUACUUCAUAAACUAUCUUGAUAAGUGGGCAUUUUUUUGUUGUUGUAUUUAACAGAAACAGUUUCUUUAUAUGAUGAAAACAGGAAAGAAUUAUAGACAGUAUAUUAUAGAUGACUUUAUAUAAAUGAUCUAAUCAUGUGAAUAAUCAGGAAUUAAAGUGCUAGUCAUUCAACAGUUAAUGCCUAUUUUUCAACAAACUUAAAAUGUAUGUAUAACUGAAUGUGUUCUGAUUUAGUUUUAUUCCAAUGCAAACUAUAAGAACAUUUUAGUUAGCAGUGUAUUGUUCAGCUAAUUCCUUUUUAGAGAAAGAAUAUUUUUUGUUUAUUUCUGUACUUGGACAACAAAUAAUCUUUAAUAAUUAAAAAAAAAAGAAGACAAAAACAAUUAAAUAGAGUGACAUGUAAAUACCAGUAUACAGGCUUACAUACACUCAACAUAGUGUGUUCAGAACUUCAGCUGCUUAUUUACAAGAUAGGAUGUAUUUGAUAUGCUGCUUUAGUAUACUAUUUCAAAUAUAUGGGAUUGUAUACACACAUUCAGUUUACAUUGGUCUGAUUGUAAAGUAUUUUAUAUGUUUAGAAUGUAAAUUGAGGACCUUUAAGUGCAUUUAUCUGUUUAUUUUGGACUAUUGAGUGUUGAUUUAUGUGAAUUUGAUUUUUAAUGACAGAUUAAAUAUUGCAAAUAUA